AUGGUCCUGAGCGGACUCAUCCGGAAACUCGGUCAUCAGCUGGAGGAGAUCAGGGAGCGCGCCCUGCGGAACAUCCUUUGCAAGGUAGAGCACAACUUAAUCUGCUGUGCGGACCUGGUUCAGGAGCGGCAGCUUUUCCUCCAUCUGCUGGAAUGGUUCAACUUCCCAUCCGUUCCCAUGAAAGAAGAGGCUCUCAACCUGUUGAACACUUUAGUUAAGCACCCCCCUGCCAUCCAGCAUCUGCUUGACCUUGGAGCGGUAGAGUUCCUGUCUAAGCUUCGUUCUAACCUGGAGCCAGAUCUGCAGGCUGCCGUGGAUGGCGUUCUGGACGGACUGUUUGUCCUUCCUUCAGAAGUCCCUGCACUGCAUUCUACAUCUUACCCAGUCGACCCAACGGGUUUUUCACAAGAAGCGGAAAUCUUGACGGGAUAUUUUCCUCAGGACAAAAGUUGUCUCCCGCAGGUGGAUGUACCUCCACAGCCAGUGGGAAGCCGGACCGUGAAGUGUUUGAAGUUUUCUGUGUUUCCUUGGCUGCCCCUGACCAUGACAGAUCGCCAUAUUCUUUCCUCUAACGAAAGCUCAUUACGAAGUAACAACCACACUUUAAUCUGGAAUACCUGUGAACUCUUGAAGGAUGUGAUCAUGCAAGAUUUUCCUGCAGAGAUUUUCCUUCAAAGGCCCCAGAUUGUCCAGGGCCUGCUGACUCUGCUGAAGCUGGCACUGGAAGGCACCGGGAAGCAUCGUCUGGCUCUGCGUUCCGCGUCCUGCCUGCAGCAGCUGUGCAUCAACCUGAGGAGCAGACUCAACUUUCUCCGAGACCCAGGCUUUUUCUCUAGUAAACAAGACACAGUUUCCCAGAGUUCCUCUUUGUCUUACUGUCAUGAAGCCCAGGGUGCUCAUCAUUCGCAGAACCCGUCCCCAGGAAGCAGCAGCCCCCGACCCUCUGUGGCAGGGCGCACUGGCCAGCGUCCUCGAGGGGACGGCCAGGAUUGGGAUGCCGUAUCUUCCAGCGGGAGCAGUGGUCACGCUCACGUCCACUCCAGGAUGUCUGUCCCUUCUCCCCUGGACAUGGGGCACGUGGACCUGCCGGAGCUGGGGGCCGAGGACACGCUGGGCUUGCAGCUGCUGCAGCUAAGUGUCCCCCAGUUCUGUGUGUCUGUCCUGGAGGCGGCUGUACCUCUCCUGAGGACAGGUAGCAGACUAGUGAUAAUCAGAGUCCUGGAACUGCUUGCUGAGGACCUCGUGCUGAUUGGUGAUACGAUUUCCGUAGAUAUCUGGGACGACAGCUGUCUCUUUGCUAUAGAUAUGAAGGAGAAGCUGCUGACGAUAUUGGAGUCACUGGGGGAGACCAUAUGCCACCAUCAGAGCAGGGUCAAUGUGGAGCAGCCGGAGGCCGUCCAGGGGCACCACAGGAUGGUCUUCGUCAGCAUCUCACUCUUCACUGUGCGCCUCUUGCAAACGCUGCUGCCCGUGGAAAAGGCACACCAGUUUUUACCAGAACCUCUGUCAGCGGCAUUAUUCCUCCUGGCUCUGGACAUGCCUUUUUCUCUGGAAUAUCCAAACAUGAACGAAGCUGUGGUGGCCUACUUGGAACAGCUGAAUUCUGAAAACUACAGCGUUUACAGAAGGGCUGCGGAGGCUGUUUAUUCCAUUGAGUGUGCCUGCAGCUUCAUGGCUGACGUUGCCAAGGAGGGAGAGAAGAAUCUCUUAGAACUGCUGGAGCUCGCUGACCAGGCCUUGCGGAGUUUUCCUUUCCAUCGGCAUUUCCCCCUAAUAAAGGAGGUCAUCUGCAUUUGUUCAAAGAUCGAGAAAUCGGCCCAGGCCAGCCCGUUACUGCGCGGAGAGGGUCAGAAGGUACUCCUGCGCUGCUUGUCUCACCCAAUGCUGAAAGUGAAAGUCGAAACUUACCGUGCCUGUCUGGAGGUUGUUAAGGAAUGCUUGGGUGUCUGUAACGCCACCAAACCUGUGUCUUCAGUCUGUAACGGGAUCCAUUUCCUCCUGCAUCCCAAAGUGCUGUAUGAAAUCUCCACGUUUGGCAUUCAAGAACCCCAAAAUGAGGUGAACGCCACCGCCAAGGCCAUUCUGAUGUACCUGCUGCAGGGACGCCUGAUGAUGGCAGCGUCUACCUGGAACAAGUUGGUCGAGUCUCUCUGCCCUGUGCUCCCCGUGCUGCAGGGCUAUGCGGACCCAGAGGACACCUUGGGCAGCUGCAUUCUCCUGCUGAGCAGAGCGGGUCCUGAGGCCAGAGAAGGGCCGCUCCCUUACACGGCCUGGCUCAGGUCUGUGCUGAGGCUCCUACUGGUGAAGAAGCCAGCGGUCCGCUCCCUUGCAGUAAAACUGUUAGCAGUUCACCUUACAAAUGAAGAUGAGGCUGACGUGAAACGUCCUUUCAUUGAUGCCAAAGUUCUCUCCAGAGUUACUAAUUUAUUUAUAGUGAAAAAGCCCAUUGAACUCAAACUGGACGACAGAAGAGAAAUGAUUAUUAAGGUGGAGAUGGUUGAGAAAGUCUCUGAAGUUUUUACCUCAGAUGGCGUAGACUUUGCUCUGAGAAGGCCAGCCGCAGAGCAGUUAGCUGUGAUUCUACAAGAUAUUAAAAUGCAUGCUGUGGUGAAGAAACUAUGCUUAAUUGACAAGAUAAUUGAGUAUUUAAACAGAUGUGUGUGUCAAGAUGGACAGGUUAUAGAAUGUAUAAUCCAGCCGAGCCUCACCCUCUUCCGAAAAGUGCUGUGUGCCGACCCCGCUCUGCGCGCCUCCUUCUCACAAAGGUCCAGUCUGCUGAGCCUGUUGCUCAGAGUUGCCUUGAUAUUCCAUGAAGAUUGUGCCGUUGUGACUGAAGUAGGAGCAGUAGUCUGUCUUCUGUUAUUUGAUGAAGUAUCCAGAAUGGACGUGUGGUCUGGGAGCCCCCCUAGCCAGCCUCCGCCAGCUGUCUUCAGUCUGCCUCUUUCAGUGAUUAGAAGGUAUCAUCUCUCCGUCCUGGUCCGUGGUCAUCAUGCUGUGAGUCCACACACCAUCGUCUUGCCUCUGUCUGCUGAAUGUCUGGCCCUCGAGCCAGUGUCAGGCAUGCUGAGAGUCGCUUGGAACCUGUCAUGGUAUCAUGGGAUUGACAAUCUGUGGAAACAGAUGAACCAGGACACUGAGACCCAAGAAUUUGGAGACACAUUGAAGUUGUCUGCCGAGGACGUCCUCACGCUGAAGCUGACACACACAGCCAGUGGCCUGCAGGACUGCCUGCGUGCCAUCGUCCAGGCUGCAGCCCACAGGGAGGUCAGGGCUGCCAUCACCAGGAUGAGCUCUUACCUUCUCAACGACAGGCUGGCUUUCAGGAGCAGCGCUGGGCUGUGUGGGGCAACCAUCAACUCCUUGGCUUGGCACAGCGCGCUGACCAGGUUUCUGCAAGUGCUUCCUGCUUGCACUGAGGAUGAGAAGCUGCUAAUAGAUGUUGUACAGUUUGUAAACGAGUUAAUGAAGGAACAAAGGAAAAAUGCAUCAGUAGAAUUUCUCAGUUGGAUUCUAGAAUUACUUCUUAGACAUGGUCCAAACCCACUGUUAGACCUGCUGGUUCCGACAGAAUCACAGGCUCGAGAAGAAGUAGACGAGGUCGGGGCUGCCGUACGGCAGCAGCUUCAGAAAGAACUGAUCACCCUGUUCAACACCUUGUUGCUUACCUUCUCUGCCGUCACUGACAGGAAGUGCUUGGAGCUUCUGCGAGUUUUCCGCACACAGCUGGCUCUCAGACUGCUGCAGUGUCUGCGGGUGACGGACGCCCCCCACUUCUAUGGCCUGCCUUCACUGGAGCGGACCCUGCGGGGCAUGGUGCAUGUCACGGCGACCCCGGGCUGGAGCGCCCACUCUCCACUAACAAAGCCGCUUGACAUCUGUGCCAAGUACUUGUCAGGUCUUCUGGAGGUGAUUACCUCAUUUUACGUGGAGCGUGGUGGGAACGCAAUGUCCUUCAUGGGGAGGGGCGUCACGAAGAGCACGGUGCUGUGUCUGCUUCACUUGUCCCACGAGAUGAUGACCCAGGCCCGCCGCACGGACUGGAUGUCUCUCUGGUUCCUUCCUCUGGGCAGCCAGAAUGAAGAGCAUGUUUCUACUCAACAAGGACUGGCCUGGCUGAUCCCGUUAUGGGUUGAUCGGGACCCAGAGGUGAGAUUCACUUCCCUGGGAUUAGGAUCAGCAUUAACCACCCUUGAAACGGGCUGUAUGGCCUUGGCCAGCAGUUGUCAAAACAUUUCUGGUGGGCUCUGGGGAACGGUGAUGAAUAUUCUUCUGGACCAGUCAGAAUGUAGUAUGGUUCGCCGCGAGGCUGCAUUUAUUCUUCAGAAUCUCCUUGUAAUUCCAAUGCCGACAGAAAUCAUAAAGGAUUAUACCUGGCAGGGCCCCUGCGUCCACGAUGAGGACUCUGGCCUGUCCCUUGUAGGAAAGCCUGCCCUUCAAGCCCUCUUGUACCACUGCCAUUUCUACGAGCAUUUGAGCCAGAUGGUGCAGCACUGUUUCCUGGGACGGUAUAUGUUUGAUUUGAGUAGUUCUGGCCUCGAUGGAGCUACAGGAGACAGUGACUUUAACGGUUUAGAUGACUCAUUCAAGUUCUGGAGGACUCCAUCUACGCUGUCCGGUGCAGAUCAAGAUCCAGUCUCUCUGUCCACCUCGGAAACAACGGUGACGCCUUCCAUGGGGAGCACUGAGGUUCAGACCCUGCUGCCGUCAGCUACACUCACAGCCGAAGCCACACGUGACUGCUUUGUGGUUCCAGGCCAGCGUGCGAUGACUUCACCACAGCCACCUCGUGACUCCUCCUUCUCAGCACUUCUGCCGACACAGCACGUCUGGGUCACUCCCUCCCUGCUCUCGGCCAUGUGCAGCCUCUUAGACAACCUCUUGGUGAUUGCUCCAAGGGACACUGCAGAUGCCCUCCAACAGGCCCACAUCCUGGAGCGCCUGUGUAGUCUUGCAGAUUCCACCUUUAUAGAAAAGUGUGUCCAGGAACUCAGGACGCAUCUGCCUUCCUCUUCUCCUGCUGAGCACAUUCAGGCCCAGGUCUCAUUCCUCCUGGAGUGCCUGUCGUCCGUGGCCCGGCUACUGCAGUCCUGCUUGCUGGUGGACCCGGACCUCGUGGGUCGGGACCAGCUUCUGAGACCACUGCUCGCCAACAUUGUCCGGGUUCUCACCAUGUGCACCAAAGACCUGUCAGAUGCAGAGCUGGUACUGGCUUUCCGUCACACCUGGACACAUUUGUUUAACCUCCUGGCGGCACUGCUGAGAAGAGCGGGGGGCGUGUCUCUCCCAGCUGUCACAGAGGCGCUGGCCAGGCACUGGGCGGCAGUGACCGAUACGCUCUGCAUGUGUGUGGGGCUGUCUGCCACGUGCCCUACGCUCCAUACUGCCAGCCUGCAGUUCCUGUCUGUUCUCCUGACUGAAGAAGCUAAGCGACGUCUCCGGAGUAAGGAGGAGACCCAUCCCUGCCACAGUCCCACGGUGACUUCGCUUCUGGAUAAGACUAAGGAAAACCAGAAAUCACUAGAGCAGCUGAGUGAAGCAGUUCUUCAGUGCUAUGAAGGGAAGUCCUCCAGAGAUCCCCUGAAAGGAGUUGCUGCCCGGACCUUACUGUCACUCCUGGCCGUCAGCAGAAGGGCCCAGAGACACGCUCUUAAAGCUGGUCUCAUAGACAGUUGCAUGGAGCAGAUGAAGCAUAUUUACGCACAACUGAACCUACAGUCUCUGAGACCUGGGAAAGCAGCCCUGAAAAAAAAGGAGGACGGUUUCAUUAGAGAGUUAAGCACCGCCAUGCAGCUUCUGAGAAACUGUCUCUAUCAAAAUGAAGAGUGUAAAGAAGCGGCUCUUGAAGCUCAUCUUGUCCCUGUCUUGCACUCUCUGUGGCCGUGGUUUCUGAUGGAUGACUCACUCAUGCAGGUCGUCCUCCAGCUGCUUUGUGUCUACACCGCAAAUUACCCCAGUGGUUGCAGCUCUCUUUGUUGGGCCCCUUCUGCUCAGUACCCCGUCCAGCCUGCUUGCAGAGGGCCUCCCAGCAGCUCCCUGAUGGUCUGCAUCAUCAAGUUGGUGUCCCACAUGCCUCUGGAGAACAGUGCCAUCCAGCAGACGGCCUUCCUCUUCCUCUCCAACCUCGCCUUGUCCCACGAUUGCAAAGGGGUCCUUCAGAAGAGCAACUUCUUACAGAACUUUCUGUCUGUGGCCUUGCCGAAAGGAGGGAACAAGCAUCUCAGUCACGUGGCCACCCUGUGGCUGAAGCUGCUCCUAAACAUGUCGCUGGGAGAGGACGGGCAGCAGAUGAUCCUGCGGCUGGACGGCGGCCUGGAGCUGCUCACUGAGCUGAGCAAGUUCAAGCACAAGCGCGGGCCCUCCCUCCCUCUCCUCAUCUUUCACAACCUCUGCUUCGGUCCUGCCAACAAGCCCAAGAUACUGGCCAACGAAAAAGUCCUUGGCGUGCUAGCUGCCUGCUUGGAAAGUGAGAAUCAAAAUGCUCAGAGGCUCGGGGCCGCCGCACUGUGGGCCUUGACUCACAAUUCUCAGAAGGCAAGAGCAACUCUGAGGAAUCCAUCAAUAAAGAGAAGAGUGGACGAAGCCUAUUCCUUAGCAAGGAAAACCUUCUCUGAUGCCCAGGAACACUCGCUCAGUGCCUACUACCUGCUGUGUCUGGAGAACCUCGUGCAGCUGCUCGCCUCCUCCUGA